AUGUCUUCGGCCGCAACAAGCGCCGACCCAGCGGCGGCCGCUGCUGCCGCCGCCGCUCAACAAGCUGCCGCCGCGGCCAUGCUUCAGUUCACCAUAGAGGCCUGGACGCUUCUGUCCAUCGGUAUCGUCGUCACGAUGCUCCGGACGUACGCUCGUAUAAAGGCUGUGGGUUUCAAAGGUUUACAGGCCGACGAUUACUUAGUCUGGAUCGGAGCGAUAUUUUACGCCAUCGAGACCAGUCUUGCGUACUCUGUUGGACACGUCGCUCAGGGGUUAGCCAACAAUGGUAUGACAGAUGCUCAACGAGCUGCGUUAUCUCCCGACAGCGCAGAAUUUAAGACGAGAGUUAUCGGUUCCAAGAUCCAACUUGCCGGGUGGUCGUCCUACUCCGUUCUCCUCUGGUCACUCAAGGCAUCCCUCUUAGUCUUUUACAUGCGAUUAACGGCGGGGUUAAAAAAGACUUACCUGAUCCGUAUCUACAUCGGAUUCGGCCUCCUGGGAGCGAGUUUUGUCACCAUCUUGAUGAACCUCUUCCUCGCUUGCCGCCCAUUCCACCUCUACUGGCAAAUCAACCCUGACCCUGGCAACACCUGCCAACCCGCCAUCUCGAACCAGAUCAUCUGGGUCUAUCUCUCGAUGAACGUGAUCACUGACCUGUAUCUGAUCUCGAUUCCCGUUCCCAUGCUUUGGCAGUCGAGCCUGAGGCCUGUCAAGAAAUUCGGCUUGAUCCUCCUCUUCAGCGGAGGGUUGUUCGUUGUUGCUUGCGCCAUUCUGCGAUGCGCACUCAUUGUAACCGAUCCCGUCAAUGGAGCCCAGCUAGCUGGAUCGUGGGCCGUGCGAGAGACAUUCGUCGCCGUCAUCACCACUAACCUUCCCAUGGUCUUCCCUCUCAUCAAGACAUGGCUCAGCCCCGUCUUCGGCUCUCUUCUUACAACGAUGCGCUCUCAGCAGAAGCUCACCGACAAGGAGUCGAAGAGCGACUUGCGCACGUUCGGCGGCGGCAGUCACAACACCUGGAGACGUCGCGGUGGUCCCCCUACGGCGAACCCCAUCACCAAUAUCACCUUCAACGAGAGCGAGGAGCGGAUGGUCGACGACGUCAAGAUGCAGGACUUGAAGGGAUGGACCGACACUAGCACCAACGGCAGCUCUCCCGCCCCGAACAACAACAUCCGAAAGCACGUCGAAGUCGAAGUUGUUAGUGAAAUGCGCGACGAGAGUGACCUACCGGACAACCGCCACGUCGUCGGCGACGAGGAGAACCAGCACCACGGCAACUUCUCCUUUGCCAGAGGCCCUCGAAGGUCGAGCUAUACCGGCCAAGGCCGCAUGUAA